AUGGACCUCUCUCUCUCUAUCCUGACUGGCCUUGGUCUCCGCCUUUUCCUUCACAACCAACUCCUAGGCAACCUCAGCCCCGUUCUGCUUGGCCUCUGGGAAGGAGUCGUUGUGCAUCAACUAUCAAGUAGAUCGUCAACCCCGGUGGAUCACUAUUUGGCCUAUGGCCUGCGACUUACCGUCGAUCUAUUCGUCUCAGCGAACAUUACAAGGUUGGCUAUGGUCGUGCUGUGGACUGCACUUGGGGUCAUCGUUUCAGAGUCCAUGACCCCAGGAAGAACCCUUCGACAUGCAGCGAAGCGCGAGCGACGCCAGAAGAAAUCUACCACCCUCCCCUCUCACAUACGAGUGUACCAUACUCCUGAUCCAGUUCAACCUCACUCAUCGACCCCUCCAUUUCUUCCCGCACAACCUCCACAAUCUGCGACACCCCAACACCCUGCAGAAAGACCUGCUUCUCCCCCUAGUUUCUUUCUUCAUGGUGGAUCGGAGGGCUUCUCUCCGUCUCCCAUUCCUGUUCAACUCCAACUUAUCGAGAGUCCUCCAACAGCUCGGCCUCCUUCGGGCCUGGCUUCUUUCCUUGAACGGGAAGCAGAGUCAGGUUCGCCCCCCAGUAAACCUGUCCAUCUCGCUACCCCUCCUGAGAGUGCCCCUUCAGACGGAAUCGAACUUCAAAACACUCCCAACCGACUAUCGACCAUUGCAGAAAUGCCAUCUAGAGAAGAGAUCACUCCUCCGAAUCCCGAACUUGUCGUGGAGGAAGUCAAUGUGAUUCAAGAAACUCGCAACGGUGGCACAUUUUAUGCACCCUCAGCCACAAUGACCGCUGUUCCAAUACCCGUCCCCAACGCCAGCAUACAAUACGUUCAAAUGCGCAGCAAAUGGCAUCAUGACGAGGAUGUUGACACAGCCGCCCCUUACUCCCAACCACGCACCAACCAUACCCUUAUGCAUGUCCCCAAUGCCACGACCCGAAGGAUGUGGGAAUCCGACAGUCCCACUCCCUUUGAGACCAGGGACGAGCUUCGAACCCCUGGUCCUUCGUCUCCGGAGUGGGGACCAGGCGUUGAAACGGAUCUGGACAAUGACGAACUUCAAACACCCAUCGCUGACAAACAUACGGUGGGAGAAUUAUCCCCCCUUGUCUUAGACGAGCAACUGAAGGCCAGUGAGCAAGGGUCAUCGCAACAAGUUUCUUUUGGCACCAUAGCAGCGAGGUUGACUCAAGCAACCGGACUGCAAGCACCUGCCUCGACUGAAUUUACCAUUCUCCAAGCUCCGGAAGUCAUCCCGAGCGCUCUUCUCAGGAAUGACGUGGCUGCAGAACCUGCUAAAGAAUCGGAUGCCCCUGACGAUGACAAUGUUCCCGAUCCCGACCCAGGUGCCCUUUCAGACCCAGAGACACUCCACACUGAAGGGGACGAGUCGAGCAUACUUUCGUCGCCUGCCCCUACUAAGCUGACACGGAAGGCUGAGAAGUUCCGAGAGGAUGCCAAGAACGAGGAGAAAGAACGUUCGAGGUUGGACGCGGAGUGGAGACUUGCGUUGAGCGAGUCAAGGAUUACUGAUGCGUUGAAAUUGAAAGGAAAGCUCAGGGAAUCGGAGGCGCGGGUGUUGAAGCUUCAUCAAAGUGCUGCGAGGCGACACUACGCAGCGCGCAAUAUAUACGCAAAGCAGAAGCCAGAUACUAUCGACGUGCAUGGACUGCGUCCUGGAGAGGCAAUCGAAAAGACAGAAUCCGCUCUACGGAUGGCUUUAGAGAGAGGACAAGGCUCUCUACGGGUUAUUGUUGGAAAGGGUCUCCAUUCUGCCGGCGGCCGUGCGAUAUUAAAGGCUGUGGUUCAAAGGGAAAUGGAAAGACAAAAGAUACCAUGCCGUGUAGAUGUAAGAAAUACUGGCGUACUGAUAUUGUCGCUUCCUCCUUGA